AUCAUCCCGGGGCCCCGCCGCAGGGCCGUGGAGCCCUCAAAGCCAGAGCAGAGGCCAGCUCCCUGGGUGAAGGGGAGGGGCAGGACGAUUCUCGGGUUUCCUUUCCGGCCCCUCAGGCACAAGGCAGAUGCCAUUUCAACAGUCCUCAUGCCACACACCCAGACCCUGGGGGGCUUGGGGGGACCCUUGUGUGGUGAGGUCUCCACAGAAAGGAAACACAACUCAUGACGUCCCCCUAGUGCUCACGGGGGGCUGUGCCUGCCUGCCAGGCCGUCCUCCACACCCCAGCGAAACUGCGGGCCGCGUGUCCUGGGCCAGCGAGUGAGAAGUCAAGGACGGGGCUGGGCCCCAGCAGGUGAGGUGCCCUUGGGACACAAGGGACAGUCCCAGACUUGUGCUCCAUGGUGCACCUGUGUGGUCUGAGACCCAACCCAGGAGUGUGUCCCACAGUCCCAGGUGACGGGGCAGGUGACAGACGCCAGCCACCCCCACUUCCCUCCCGGCUGGCCUCGUCUAAGAUCAGCCUCCCAAAGCGCGUCCCGGGAAUUCUGCCAUGAGGACCGGGGGGUAUAGCGAGUGCUGCUGUGUGAGCAGCCCCUCCGGGAGCAAAGAUCUGGGGUCUCCCUAUCUUCAAGGUUCAACAGGGGGCACCAGGAGGCGCUCUUCCUCUAAGCCCCAGGGCCCAUGGUGCAGCGGUGAUGGGAGGGCUGCCGGAGGGACCCCGGCGGCUUGGGUGGCGGAGAGGGGGGGCCUCUGGCGUGGACGUGGGCACGGGGAGGUGGGCCGGGAGCAGCGGAGCUGGGUCUGGCCACGUGGGAGUCUGGGUCUCUGUGCCACCCGCUGACCCCAGCAGGGAUGCCCACCUCUGUUUCAGGUCUUCCCAGGAUGGACAUGUGCCCCGACUGCACGCAGCAGGGUGGGGGGCUGGUGCUGGUCCGCCGGCGGCCCCCAGUGCCCCCGGGCCUGCGCGAGAUGCUUAAAGCCAGGCUGUGGCGGGGCUGCACCUGCAGCACGCGCGGGGCCUGGGCGCUGGCGCAGGACCUGCUCCCCGCCACGCGCUGGCUGCGCCACUACCGCCCGCGGGAGGCCCUGGCGGGCGACGUCAUGUCCGGGCUGGUCAUCGGCAUCAUCCUGGUGCCGCAGGCCAUCGCCUACUCGCUCCUGGCAGGGCUGCAGCCCAUCUACAGUCUGUACACGUCCUUCUUCGCGAACCUCAUCUACUUUCUCAUGGGCACCUCGCGCCACGUGUCCAUGGGAAUCUUCAGCCUGCUCUGCCUCAUGGUGGGCCAGGUGGUGGAACGCGAGCUGCUGCUGGCUGGCUUUGACCCUGCCCGGGACGGCCCGGGGUCCGGGGACAACGGCACCACCCUCAACGCCUCGGCCACGCUGGUGCUCAGGCCACGGGACUGCGGGCAGGACUGCUACGCCGUCCGCGUCGCCACCGCCCUCACGCUGGUGGCUGGGAUUUACCAGAUACCCUGGCACAGAAAACACUUCCAGGAACCCUGGCAAUUAACCAAAAGGAGUGAAUCACACGGACUUUUGGAGCGGGAUUAAACGUUCCGCUGAUUUAACAGGAAAUGCUGACAUCAAAAUAACGUAGAACCCUAACAGCCAGUGGGACGAGGACAUGAUGGAAGGCGGUUCAUCGGAACCGUAAGGGCUUUUGAGAUUAGUCACAACACAAGAAAGUGCACUGUCCCAAGACUUUCCAGCUUGUAAAUGAAACUUGUCAAAGUUCUCUCCAAAUCUGUGGUCGUAACAAUGGAUAUGAGCUGCGAGUAAUGAGUUGUCAAGUGAGGACUUUUGUAAAAGAGAAGUCAUCAUUUUGUUUUCAAUCUGCUGCGUUAGAGACACUGAGUUCUUCUCUUUUGUCCUCGGAAAGUAAUAUCUCAAAGUUGUUAUGAGACAAUAGAAGCACGUGGGGGGCUCCGUCAGUCGAGCAUCUGACUUCGGCUCAGGUCACGAUCUGACAGUUGUGAGUUCGAGCCUCUCAUCAGGCUUACCGCUGUCAGUACGGAGCCCGCUUCAGAUCCUCUGCCCGACCCCUCGGCCCCUC